GCGCAUCCAGGCAGAUCGAAUUGCGAUCACACAUUCACGAAGAGUGUUGUCAAUCAAAUCUGCCGAAGUCCGACAAGCGUGGCACAACUAUUCAGCCAUCCCUCAACUCAACCACAAGCACUGACGAAGCUGUACAGGUCACUGCCGUGGCCGGGCCGCAGAUCGGCCCUCCCUCCCUCCUCGGCCAUGCCUCACUGAAUCAAUCGACGCCCGCCUUCUUGGUCAUCUCGACAAGACAUGUGCGCAAGUUCUCGUCCUCAUCGUCGUCAUCAGAGAUGGGCAGCUCCACGUCAUAGUACUGCAUGCACCGCCGCACAGACUGCCAGAGGGCCCUGUCUGCCCCACCCACGACCAGCGGCAUCAGCACACACACGCUCGCCUUGUCGGGCAGCAGCAGCAGAGUCAGAUCGAACACCGACCUCAUGCUGGCUUCCCCCCUCGCAUAAGGGAUCAGGUUCGAGAAGGUCAGGUGCUUGACGGGCGGGGCGAGUGGCGGGGCGAGCACCAGAGGGGGCAGCUCCACUGGCAGAUGCUGGCUGACGAUCUCCAGCUUGGUCAGCUUCUCAGGGCGAUCCUGGCGAAUAAAGGGACAGAUGAAUACGCACAAACAUAAAUACAUUCAUCGAGAGGGUGUGGUGUGUGACAGACAGACCUUGAGGUAUCUCAGGCACUGUCCGGUGGUGGACGGUGCCAUCCCUAUGAUUUUCAUGCUCUGGAGCGACGGUAGUGAGGUUAUGGUGCGGCUGAGGGGGUUGGGCGGUGCAGCAAUGACGCUGGGGCCUUGCGUCGACGUGCCGAUGCGAGAGAGGAUGAGAUUGUCAACAUUCGGGUAGCGACCCGCCUGUGUGAGGAAGCCAGGGAUGCUGCUGAAGUCGUCGUCAUGGACGUCGUGUCUGAAUACCACCGACAGGGACCGCGCCCCACUGAAUGGUGGGAGGAAGCUCCACCUCUAUCGACGACACACACCGGUGUGGCUGGGUGCAUACACGAUUCGUGCUGGUUGAGUCUACCUGAGGAAGCGGGACACCUCCGUACGCAAUCAUCACUGACGACAGACAGACAAAUGCACACAGACACCUUCACUUUCAUCUCUCCUGUUCGUUCCCUCCCUAUAGGUAUGGACUCACCAUAUGCUGAUUCGGCAGCGAGUCCCUCAGCCAUCCUCCGCACGAUCGAGUGGACAGGCGACGGAUCGACAGUGUUGUUCUGGACAUCUACGCAGUCGAACGUGAUGCUGACACACACACAAAGAUACAUGAGCGCGACACAAGGUUCCAUGCAUGCACCGGGUGUCGAAGCUGUAUGCGAUCUUGCAUCCCAUGUCCUCCAGCUGCUCAAUGAACCCGACAGCUGCACACACACACACACACACACAUACCCAGACACAGACACAGAACGCAGACACAGACACAGAGGAAGAGAGAGUGAGAGAAGGGGGACUGGUGUUGGUUGGCUCGUCUCCUCUGCUCACCGCUCAGCCCGUGUGGCCCGGCGGUGCUCCUCAGCAGGCCAGGCAUCCGCUCGCUGACAGACAUGUCGUAUGACAGGGUCAGGUGCUUGUUCCUCCUAUCGUUCCUGUGGCCCCACAGCUGCCGCAGCACUCCGAGGAAUGGGUGCAGCGCGUCGAACGGUGCGUCGGGGUGGGACACGUUGUCGUGAAUGCGGAUCCAGUCGAAGGCGGUCAGGUGCGUCAUACUCGGAAGGAGCGGGAAGGAAUGCGGCAGCCGGCGGGGGUCUGACGACAGACAGGCAGACAGACAGACAGACAGAGGCGAAUUGUAUUGUUGGCUAUUCCGGCGGGAUAGGUGGAUCCUUACAUGGCGUGAAAGGAUAGAUGUAGAGCCGCUGCAGCUUCUUGGAUGUAUUGAGGAAGUGCGCCAGGGGCUGGUCGACGGACGACUCGGUGAAAAGGUCAUCCUCGUAGCUGUCCUCUUCACAGUCCGUCCCCAUGAACAUGUCGCCCUCCAACUCGGUCAACUCUGGCCUGCAAACACACUCAUACCAAACACGGGCGCAUGGCUACGUCCCCCUUUCGUCGUAGGUCCAUCGAUGGCUUACAUACCACUCGAACCCCUCGGUCACCAUGCGCACGAAGUACCGCAGGCUGUCCACACGCAGCUUCUUGACGUGGGGAAACACAAUGCGGUCAGCAGGGGGCGUCACAGCAGGCGGGCUGCCGAUCCCCUGCCCCUCAGCGGGAAAAUCCUCGCUCUCCAUGUCGUCGAAUCGAGUGAUGACCAGCUUCUGCAGCACGGUGGGCGAUCGGCGGAUGGCGGCGAUGACCAUCUCACUGACGGGCCACUCAUUGGGAUCCAUCUUGACCACGAUGCUCUGGUGGUGCGUGCGCUCCAGCCGGCUCGUCACGUGGGCUGGCAGGUCCCAGAAGACGUGCUUGUCGAUGUAGAGGUGGCUGUAGAGGGAUGAUGCUCCGCCGGCCCGCUGAUGGUGCGGCUUCAUGAUGCUCGAUGAUGGCUCGCCGGUGACGCACGUGGAGAAGUGUCGGGAGACCUCUGAGAGCUGCUUGGUGCCGUCAGUGCUCGUGAAGAAGGAGCCGGCGUAGGACAACACCUCGUUCGGCAUCGAGCGGAAGCCGGUGAAUGGCACCUGGAUGAACAACGAAUCAACGACGACAGAUCGAUGAGAUGCAAUCAAUCAAUGACAGAUCCGUCACAUCCAUCCAUCCUUAGUGCUGUUCUCCUGCAUGCGUACCCUCUCGUGUGCCGAGGCGGCUGGUGAUUCAUGAUUUGGCGAUGAAGCAUCCAUCACGAUAGAAGCACACAGACAAACAGGUGACUGAC